GGGAGGGAGGGAGGGAGGGAGAGAGAGAGAGAGAGAGAGAGAAAGAGAGAGAGAAGAGAAAGAAAAAAUCCAAAUCUGUCCGCGUCCAAAUCGAACGUAUCGAAUCGAACGGUUCUGAUUUUAUGAUCCGCGCUCCUGCAUAUUAUUGUUUUUGAUUUCAGUCGAUGAUGAAGUUGAUGCUUCUCGACGUGUAUAUAUUUUUACAAACGGUACUGUGCUCAAUAUAUUGGGCUUUUUUUGACGAGAAACAGCGUAAAAUAUUUUCAAGACAGAGUAUCAACGACUUCGGAAAAAUGACGUAAUGGUGUACGCGACAGACAAGAUGGCGGUGGCAUUCUGUGCAUAGACCGAUAUACAAGCUUUUACAUCGUCUAAACGUUACGUUGGUCGAAAAAUUGGUUAAUUCGAGAAGACAAGCUUUUUCGGUAACAAAGUUACACGGACAAAACGUAGAAAUCUUUCUUCGUUACUAUUUAUCGUUUGUUAUUAUGGAAAAGUCUAUAGUUUUCCCGCGCGUAUUUUGACGAUCGUAGGUACAGCCUACGCAUUUUUUUGGCAUCGUUUAUGUGAUAUUCCGUAUUUAUAGCGACGGGAGACGUCGCGUAAGAAUAGAGAUGGGUCUACCUUGUGACUGGCAGAUCAGCAAGCAAAAGAUAUCCGAACGUGGUAGAUAUUUGCUUGAGACAGGACAAUGGUCAGACUGCAAAUUUAUCGUUGGUCAAGAACCCCAUCAGGAAACAUUGAAAGGACAUAAAUUGUUUUUGGCAAUGUCUAGUCCGGUAUUUGAAGCUAUGUUUUACGGAGGUAUGGCAGAAAAGAAUGAUCCUAUACAGAUACGCGAUGUCCAACCGGAUGCAUUCAAGGCACUAUUAGAGUAUAUAUAUACGGAUCGCGUUAAUCUUGGUUCAUUUGAACUUGCCUGUGAAUUAUGCUAUUGCGCAAAAAAAUACAUGUUGCCGUCCUUGGUGGAAGAAUGUAUGCAAUAUCUAUGGUUCGAUUUGUCGCCAAAGAUAGCUUGUAGAGCCUAUGAGUUUGCAAAACUUUUUGAAGAACCUGUGCUCAUGGAAAAGUGUUUACAAAUAAUAUGCACUAAAACAAAUGAGGUUUUAGAGGAACCUAGUUGGGAAGAAGUAGAAUUGGGUACAGUAAUUACUGUAUUAGAACAAGUUGAUCUAGAGAUUAAUUCAGAACUUGAUUUGUUUACUGCUGUUGAACGAUGGGCUAAGGCAGAAUGUGCAAGAAAGUCGCUUGAUCCAACUGAUGGAAAGUCUUUGAAGUCUGUAAUUGGUAAUGCUUUAUCAAAAAUUAGAUUUUUAACUUUGACACCGCAAGAAUUUGCUGAAAGUCCAGGAAUGUCUCCAUUGUUAACUCAAGACGAAGCUUUUGCUAUUUUAAUGAAUAUAUUAUGCACAGAAAAUAAAGCACCAUUACCCGAAGGAUUUUCCAGUGAUACGCACAAUAGGGCAAAACCAUUGAUGAAAGCACAGUCGGCACAUUUUUGUCCAUCUAAGCACAGACGGGUGUCCACUCCACAUACCAAUUCGUUUAGUUCAUGUACAUUUUGGCCCUCAACGUCUCUACACUACCAAUUAUCUUAUAAUAAUGAAGGAGAAGGUGGUAGUAAUACUUUACACAAUGCACCACCAAUGGUAGUCGAAGGAGGAACAAGAAAAGAUUCUGGAAAUUUAAGUCAAACGAAUAAUCCAUCUACAGUUAUAAUUGAAGGUGGAAUUCGUGAGGGACCAAAGUAUUAUUGUCUUCGAGCGAUAGCCCAUCAAACGGACUGCCUUAAUAGCAAUGUUUUAGAUUGUUCUGUGGCAUUUAGUGUGGACAAAAACAUUUGUGUUAUGGGUGUGCAAGUACCAACACAAAUUGCAACUGUGGCAAGUAAUUUACAUCAAAAUUCAGAUCCUGAUACGUCAUAUACAGAAAUACUGUAUGCUCAUCUUUUAGAUUCUGAUGGCAGUCGUUUAACGUACACACAUUUUACUACUAAAGUAAAUGUUGGAACACUCGUGGAAAUUACAUUUAAUCGACCUGUUUACAUCCAAAAACACAAGAUUUAUCGCGUGGGUGUAGUCUUUAACAAAGUUGGUUGGUAUCCAAUGGGACUCUGCACGCAACAUAUGACCUGUGAUUCUGUAUUCUUUUCAUUUGGAAUCGGUAAUACUGAUCACAGUGUCAGAGAUGGUCUCAUUCGUUCGAUUGUGUUCACUUAUUAACGUCAACGAUCAAAUCGUGUGUCGUUAAAAAAUUUUAAAUACGUAUUUUGGAUUUGUGAUAAGACAAAUGUCUACCCUAUUCUGUUAUGUAUAUUACAUUGUUAUUUUAUCUUUUAAAUUUGAUUUCAAUCAUCAUAAGAAUAUUGGAAACGUAAGAAAUUGUACAAAUAAUACUCAUUGGUUCUAGUUAUAAAAAAAGUAGUGAUGGACAAAUUGUAAUUUAAUCGUUUCCUAAUAACAUGUAAUUAAUUGUAUUGAAAGCUAUAAUAAGGAAACUUAGUGUACGUAUUUAGAAUUAGGUUUGCCAUUUCACACUGACAAAUUAAUAUAAAUACGACUAAGAAAAAUACACAAUUAAAUAUUAUGUUGUGAAUAAUCUGGAAAUAAUUGAAUUAUAACUUGUUCAACAGAGAAGGAAAAUCUGUGUACAAACAAACUUUUUUUAACUUAUAUGAAAAUAUCAAGUUUUCUGUACAAAAACAAACCUGGAUUUUACGGUUUAAAUACCCUUAUUAAAGAUUCAAUCGCAUAUAAA